CUUUGAUUUGGGGAUUUCUCGGACGCGAAAUCUUCCCUGUUUAUGAAUUUACGAAUCAUGGGUAUCGCCGAUUUUGGGUCUCAGUGGCUGACUCUAGUUGCGAAUUCUGCUGUCUCAAUUUUCUUCCACGCAACAGUAAAGUCAAUGGCGUCUUCUUCGGAUUCAUGGAUUAGAGAGUACAAUGAGGCUUUGAAACUCUCUGAGGAUAUUAAUGGCAUGAUGUCAGAAAGGAAUGCGUCAGGGUUAACCGGGCCUGAUGCUCAACGUCGUGCCUCUGCAAUUCGAAGAAAGAUCACCAUUUUGGGGACCCGAUUAGACAGUUUACAAUCUCUUCUUGUGAAAAUUCCUGGGAAGCAGCAUGUUUCGGAGAAAGAGAUGAAUCGUCGCAAGGAUAUGGUUGGGAAUUUGAGAUCAAAAACAAAUCAGGUGGCCUCUGCUUUGAAUAUGUCAAACUUUGCAAACAGAGACAGCUUGCUUGGGCCAGAUAUAAAGCCAGAUGAUGCGAUCAACAGAGUCUCGGGCAUGGACAACCAAGGAAUUGUUGGAUUUCAACGGCAAAUUAUGAGAGAACAAGACGAGGGACUUGAGAAGUUGGAGGAAACAGUUAUGAGUACUAAACACAUUGCUCUCGCUGUCAACGAGGAGCUCACUCUGCAGACAAGGCUAAUUGAUGACUUAGAUUACCAGGUGGAUGUCACUGACUCUCGCUUACGGCGUGUGCAAAAGAGCCUUGCCGUGAUGAACAAGAGCAUGAAAAGUGGUUGCUCAUGCAUGUCGAUGGUCUUGUCUGUGCUUGGAAUCGUUGGUCUUGCUCUUGUGAUUUGGCUGCUGGUUAAGUACCUCUAGUGCCAACAUGGUGGCAACUUGUGAAAGCUUAUCCUGUUCUCUCAGCCUCUCCUCUGUUCUUAAUGGUUGUUUUCUAUUCCUUCUUUCGACAUUUAUGCUCUGGUUUUCUUUUCCUUCCAUUGAUUCUUCGUCUGUGAGGCAAAGAAGAAUACCACUGCGUGUAAGAAACCUUAAGAAGUACAUAAUCUGUAUUACCUUCGUAUUGUCCACGAAUUGUAAAGUAAGUUUGUCUAUAUAUGGUAUGGCUCCUACUUUCAAUUAAGAGAACUA